CGAUGGGAAGCCACUUCCGGCAACGUUACCUCGCGCGAAAAAGGUUUCCAGGCCUUUUACUUGGUGUAGCAAGAGUUUCUUCUCGGAGAAAGGACUCCAAGCCGAAAGAGGAUGGCGGCGGCUGCUCUGAAGAGAUUUUGGUUCCGAGGCCGUGUAGAGGCGGCGGUAGCAAAGCCGGGCAUCUGGGCUCGGUUGGGUGCCUGGGCCCGCGCGCUGCUCCGGGACUACGCCGAAGCCUGUGGGGACGCGGCGGCGGCGGCUCGAGCCCGGCCAGGACGCGCGGCUGUGUAUGUGGGGCUGCUAGGCGGGGGUGCGGUCUGCUGCGCGCUGGCGCCGAGCGAUACUGCCUUUGAGGAGGCGUUGCUCGACGCGUCCGGGGCUCUUCUGCUGCUGGCGCCGGCCACGCGAAACCGCAACUCGGAAGCCUACGUGCAGCGGCUGCUUUGGCUGAGGGGCCGUGGCUGCCUUCGGCACGUGAACCUGGGGCUCUGCUCGCUAGUGUACGAGGCACCCUUUGACGCGCAGGCCAGUCUCUAUCAGGCCCGUUGCCGCUACCUACAGCCCCGCUGGACCGACUUCCCGGGCCGAAUCUUGGACGUGGGCUUUGUGGGUCGCUGGUGGGUGCUGGAGGCCCGGAUGCGUGACUGCGACAUCAACGAUGAGGAGUUCCUCCACCUGCCAGCACACUUACGCGUCGUCGGGCCCCACCAGCUGCGCUCGGAGACCAAUGAGCGGCUCUUCGAUGAGAAGUACAAACCUGUAGUGCUCACUGAUGAUCAGGUGGAUCAGGCUCUGUGGGAGGAGCAGGUUUUGCAAAAGGAGAAGAAGGACAGGCUCGCCCUGAGCCGGGCCGACUUGCAGGUGCAAUCGGAGGUCCCAAGAUGAGUUCACAGCUCCCAUCUCUGGGAGACUGUUUGCCUGGGAUUGUGCAAUCGUUGUAAGUGAGCCCCACAUGCAGAAUCACUAAGAUAUUCGGAAGAAUUCUUUUAUUAGGUUUUUAUGAGUUUAGGAAGCCUUUUUUAUUUCUCUUUGUUCCUUGUUUGCUGGAGUUAAUUCAGAGCUUUCUUGGUUUAGGAGUUAGGGAGAGCAGAGUGACCUUGUAAUGUUUAUCAUGGCCAGAGCUAGUAAUGAGCGUUUUACAUAAACCUUUUAUUUUUUCCCAUUGGGCCUCACAGUCCCUGUGACAUAGGUCAGGUGACUCCCAAACUCUCCUACAACCUUUCAUAUAUUAUAUUUUAAAAUUUGAUCUGAAAUGUUUCUUUCUUUCUUUUUGA